GGACCUCUUUUAUUCUAAGUUGUUUGAUUUCAUAAUUACUACUGAUUACCAUUUGUCUUAUGUAAUUGCUUGGUUUUCAAUUUUCACUAGCCUUGAUCAUGAAGUAUUCUCUUAUGUUCUGCUCUUAAAACAUGUGAGACCUUAAUCGCCAUUUGCAUACCCUGUACUCUACUUGUUGCAACCUUUUUUUUUUAGUGUUUCCAAUUAAAUAAGAAGGGCUGUUGCAGGGUGUUAUUUACUUGUCCUUCAUGGUACUCACAUAUCUCAUAUUGCUUUUUUCUGUUUGUUUUUCUUAAUUAGAUUCUUGGUUCAUAUGUAUGUGGAAAAAAUAAAAUGGAGGUGUAAACCCAGACCGUUGCAAAAUGUUUGAGCUUACCCAUGUCCACGAUAAUGAAAAACCUGAUGAACCGAAUUCUAAAGCUAUUGCCUUGAUGAAGGACAAGAUUGACAAGAUGAAGACUACAAAGAGGGCAUCCCAACUUCCAGAGGUUCUUAAUGAUUUUGAAAUCAAUGAAGUAUAUGCGUCUAUGCUUGGAAAAAAGACACGUGGAGGGGUGCGAGGAUUUGGCAUUGGAGCCAUACCUGAACAAGUUCCUGGUGUACUAGUGCAGAAGAGAUGUGUUCAUUUAGAGGUACAAGCAAUGAGAGAACAACAUGAGGCUUGAGAUUGAAACGAUUCGGAAGAAGAGCCAAGAAAAGGAAGAUAAGCAGAAAUGAACAAACAAACUCUGGCCACAAAAGAUAAAUUUAAAAAUAUGGAGAUUGCAAUGAAAAAACAAGCUAGAAGCUCUUAUGGCUUUGUUACUUGGGGCAUAUGAGUCAGUCAAGUGAUAUGCUUGCUGCAGCUUUAAGAACGAAGGGUGGUUCUCUCCAACCAUCGAUGAGCCAUAUUCAAUCUUCAUAUGAGUAGAACUUGGAUGAUGUUUACAUACCACAUUGCUAUGAAGAAUUGCAGCAGCAAGUUACCAGAAAUUGAGGCACACUUCAGAGUACUUCACCUUUUGGUUAGUAACAAUUGUGCUUAAGGCCUCUGUGUGUUUGUUGUUUAGGACUUAAUCUAUGAUCUCUCUAGUAUAUUGGUGGUAGCUACUUGAUCAUGGGAUAAGUGCACAGUGGCUUUUAAGUUUAGCUUCAUAGGCAAAUUUAGGUUUUGGAUGUAUAUUUGUGAAGUCUG